UAUAAAACUUAGCAAAAAGACACGGAGGAUAUGUAGGGGGGGUUGGUUGCAAGAGAAAGGAGGGAGAAUUUGCCGACUGUGCAAGGUGUUGAUGUCGGUGCGUUUGAAAUUGAAUUAUAAAAUUGUGAUUGUGACGAUUUCCGUUACGAUUGCCAUCGAGUAGCGAACCGUUAUCCCUAAUUCCACGAACCAAAACUCAUUAAACGCAACCAGACAAGUGCGCCUCCCUGCAUCUGCCAUCACCAUACUUUUCCUCGCAGACAUUAACUCCAUAGUUCACACCUCACACCCAACUGCCCCUCAUUAAUCACCAGCCCCAACCCCAACCUCAAUCCUAAUCCUGUCUCCAUUUCAACUAUAAAUCCUCAAAAAACACAAAGCUACUAUCAGUACUUUUCACAAUGGCGAUGAGAAAUUACUGUUUGAGCUUGUUUACGGUGGUUUGUAUCGUGAUAUGCGGGAGCGGAAUCGGUGGUUCGGCGCAGUCGUUAGCCGACCAGUGUGCUUCGAAGCUACCGGAGGUGAUGACAUGUGUUGCGUUUGCGUCAGGGAAAGAGUCGACGCCGCAGAAGAAGUGUUGUGAUUCGGUGACGGAGAUGAAAGAGAGUAAUCCGGCGUGUUUGUGUUUUCUGAUACAGCAGAUCCAUAACGGAACCAAUCCGGCGCUUAAGUCCAUGAAUAUUCAAGAGGCUCGUCUUCUUCAGCUGCCUUCUGCUUGUAAAAUUGCUGGUGCAAGUAUCAGCGAUUGUCCAAAGCUGUUAAAGUUACCACCAAAUUCACCUGACGCAGCAAUCUUCAGUAAUGUAACUACUACACCCACCACUUCUCCAACAGCAGGAGGAACGACGUCGUCAACAUCUACAUCCCCUUCACAUGGGUUCAAGUAUGAAGCACCCAUGUUCCUAGGAUCCGCCAUUGUUUCUCUACUCAUGUUUUAUGUUAAUUUAUAUUAAAUAAACGGUUUUAAUUUGAGAUAAGCUCAUGAUCUGUGUCGGAUUUUGUUUUUAUGCAUACCAGAAACAUUUUUAUAUCUUUUAUUGAGGUUGUAGUAAUUUAUUAUGUUGUACUUGAUCAAUAGCUUCAAGAAUUUUUUUUAUAUUCCAAGUAAUAUUAAAAAGACAGGUACAAUUAUAAUAUAAUUUUUUUGGACUUGGAAAUUGAUAACAAAGUUUGUUGUAGAUUACACCACACGCUAGUCAAACAUACGUAUCUGCACCUCAUCUAGGCUGUCCACAUGGUCUACCUACACCAUGUAUUGACUACCCACAACAAGUAGCGACCCGUUCCCACCAGCUAACCCCUAUCUAGAUAUAUUUAUUUGGUCAUUUAGUGAACCUUUUUUUAUUUUUAAGGAAAAGACAGUGUAAUAUGAAUUUUUUAUUUUGUUUAUAUUUAGGUUUAUAAUG